UUGUCCCUAAAGUUCAGGGGUUUUGGAAGUGGGUUUGUCGCAAAAUCUUCAACGCACCUGGAAGCCCAGCAAGGACACAUGUGUAAGCAAAUGAUAGACGAGCGCGAGCGUCAAACACAUCUCGCUCCGAGCAAGAUACUCAAAUCCUUCGACCUGGAGCUCAGACAUACGCGUCGGAAUCCCAGUCGAGAUGCGUGUUUAAUGCCCACAAUGCGCCAUCUGUAACGAGAUGUAGGGGAUCAAUGCCUGGAAUGAAGAUGACUGUCAUUUCAUCUCUGAGGAUGGUCGAGCGACUAGUGAACACGAUGGACGUGGUCCUCGGUAAGGAUGAUGCGUGUCAGAUACCGGCCACUGCAAUCGACGACCUCCACACACUCAAGGCCAAGAGUGAGGACAUCAUCCGCGCGUCACUCGCGAAGAAAAGGCGGCGUGGGCCCACAACAAAUAGACAGGGACGGGUUAUGUGGUUCGCUUCAUCAUCAAUCUCACCGCCAAUGAUGAAGGCUGAGUUUCGUGGCCGGUAUGCUAGUAUGCAAGACGUGAUUUGGCUUAAAGAAUGUGUAAUAUGCUGUGAACAUUGCAAUAUACUUUCAAAGGAAUCAAGGCCGGGGACCGCCGUGAUCCUCAUCGCCCCGUUUCUACCCCGUACAUGGGUGGUCGUCCUCACGGGCGAAGGCCAGCGCGGGGCUUCAGCGCUCAUGCCUGCUCAGGUGCUCGCGGGGUUCGCGUAAUGUAGGUAGAUGCAGGUCAAGGGUGUCGCGACAGCGGGAUCACAGGACGUCAUUUGGUAUCGUCUGUGUGGUCAAUGGAGGAGGCGAGCGGCAGGAAUGCGUUUCGACCUUUUUGCUCAACCACACUCUCGUCUCGAGCACACACAGUCGCCCCGCUGUCGCUCACUAGAUGUGAGUUAAAAAGUUCUUUGGGAGGUGUCGGACCCCAGAUUUGUCCCAAA